GACCUUUUUUCAAAUAAAACCAUAAUUUUAAAAUAGACGCUUGUAAGUUUACAAGGGACAGUUUUGAUGGAGUUCUGAAACCCUCCGCGGGGACUGUUCGCUCGCAGAAACACUAAAAAGACAAAAAGAAAAUGCAUGAUUUCACUUCUACGGUUUGUCUAAUCAAUCAUAUUGACACUGAAUUCAGAAAUUUUCUGUAAUUAUGUAUCCAAUCUCAGUUGGAAUCACAAUUAAGAAAAUCAGCCCUUUGUUUCCUAUCAAUUUUCGCUCUCUUUUUUUCUCCAACUCAAGUGCAAAAAAUGUACCUUCAGACUCCUCAAUUCUUGCAGAAAAGUUGGUUUCUUCAUUAGAGAGGUGUGGCGAUGUUAAUUCUUUGAGAAGGCUUCACGCUUGCAUUUUAGUUCAAGGUCUCGAAACCAACACUUUUUUGGGUUCAAAGCUUCAAAAUACCUAUGCUUUUUUCGGUCUAUUGACUGAAUCCAGAUCGGUGUUUAGUAGAAUCAAUAACAAUAAUCUUUCUCUUUGGGAUUCAGUUAUUAUUGGGCAUUAUAAAGCCGGUCAAUUUGAUGAAGUUCUUAGGGUUUAUUUAGAUUUAAGGCAAAGAAAAAUCGGUAUACAUGGUUCAGCAUUUACAUUUACUCUAAAAAGUUGCAUCCACUUGGGUAGACCGGAAUUGGGAAAAGCAAUUCAUGUUGAUAUUAUAAAGUUCGGGUUAAAUACAAAUCGAUUUGUAGGUUCCUCUUUGAUUGGCUUUUAUUCAAUGUACAGAGACAUGGCAGACGCAUGUAAGGUGUUCGAUGAAAUCACUGAGAGAGAUCUUGUUGCUUAUACAUCUUUGAUAACCGGAUACACUCAAACCAAUGAUCAUCGUGCUUGUGAAGCCUUUGCUAUUGUUCAGCAUAUGCAGACUGAAAACCUGGAACCAAACCGAGUCACUUUAGUGAGUUUGCUACAAGCAGCAGCACAUUUACAGUUGCUGAAUCAUGGCGAGUUGAUCCAUGCCUAUGCAAAGAGAAGAGGAAUCGGUUGUGUUGAUGAAGCUUUUCAAACAAGUCUUAUGGACAUGUAUAUAAAGUGCGGGGCACCAAAUAAGGCCACCACUGUUUUUCAUACAAUGAGCAUAAAGACAACUUCUUGUUGGAAUGUCCUAAUUGCUGGUCAUCUGAAGUCAUCACAACCUUUUGAAGCCUUGAAUUUUUUCUCUCUCAUGGCACAAAAAGGUCACAGAUUUGAUUUAAUUACUUUAGCAAAUGGGAUUAUAAGUUGUGCAAAUUUGGGCUUAUUACUGGUGGGUAAGAGCAUCCAUAGUUAUAUGUUUAGAAACAGAGUUCAUCUUGAUGUUGUUGCCAAUACAGCUCUAGUUGACAUGUACUCAAAAUGUGAAAACUGUAUCAAUGCUAGGAAAAUUUUUGAUACCAUGAAGGACAAAGAUGUCAUUUCCUUUAACGUGAUGAUUGAUGGUUAUCUGCAAAAUGGGCAUGCUUGUGAAGCCAUAGAAGCAUUCCACAACAUGAGAACGUUAGGUUUGACUGAAAAUGAAGCUACCAUUUUGACUGUAGUUUCUGCAUUUUCUGAUCUGAAUGAUAUAAGACAAGGUAGAAGCAUCCAUGGAUAUGUGAUUACACAUGGGUUUGAGUCAAAAACUGAUAUUGCUAAUCAAGUUUUGUACUUGUAUGUAAAAUGUGGUUAUAUACAGUAUGCUAGGCAGAUCUUUGAUCGAAUAAAACACAAGGACUUGGUUUCUUGGACAUCAAUGAUGAUGGGUUAUGAGAAUCUUGGCCAUGUUUAUAAAGUGAUAAACUUGUUUCAAGAAAUGCAAUCGGAAAAACAACUUACCCCUGAUUCGAUUACUUUAACUUGUUUGCUUCAAGCCUUUUCACAACUUGGGUGUUUGACCCAAGUCAAAGAGAUUCACUGUCACGUGAUUCGAGCAUCAAUGGAUAACCAGAUAACCAUCAUGAACUCCCUUCUAACUACCUAUAGCAAAUGUGGAAUGUAUAAAAUUUCUAGGGUUUUGUUUCGGAAGAUGAGGACAAGAUGUUUAGCUUCUUGGAACACAAUGAUAGCAGCAUCAGGGAUGCAUGGGGACUGUGUUGGAGCACUUGCAUUGAUUGAAGAAAUGAAGAAAGAAAAGAUUGUUCCUGAUGAUGUCACCUUUAUGUCAGCACUAUCUUCGUGUAGCCAUUCUGGUUUUGUAGAAGGGGGUUUGAAUCUUUUUAGGGUUAUGAAAGAGGAAUAUAGGAUUGUUCCAAGAGAGGAGCAUUAUGGUUGUAUGGUUGACUUGCUAGGGAGAGCUGGUCAACUUGAUGAAGCGUUUGACUUCUUGAAAUGUGUUCCACAUACACAAAGUGGUUCGGCUCUUAGAGCACUUGUUGCUGCUUGUAGGGUUCAUGGGAACAAUGAAAUGGGAGAGAGUUUGGGUAGGUGGUUGUUGGAUUUUGACCCUGAAAAUUCAAGUUCUUAUGGAUUGGUUUCAAACAUGUUUGCAGAAAGCCAAAAAUGGGAUGAGGUUGCACGUGUAAGAGAGAGUGCUAAGCAGAGAGGGUUGAAGAUGACUAGUGGUUAUAGUAUGAUAGAAAUAGACACGUAAUGUGGAAAAUGAAAUUAUAGGCUGAACAAAUUUUCUAGGGUUAUUUUCAAUGAUAAGAAUGAGGAGGACAUUCAUUUAUGUAUUUUGUACAGGGAGGAGAUCAAGAUGAACUCAAUGUCACACAUUGUUUCACCUUUUA